ACCGAUGUCCUUUGCUCAGAGCUCAUAGGACAUGUAGGAUGCAUGGUCGUCGAAGUGGAUUGAAAAGAAUAUUGUAAACUGAAUCACUACUGCACCGGGUUGAUCUCAUCUCAAUCUCAUAUACUCCACGACAUAAGGCAAUUGAAUCGUUAGCAUCAUGCUGGUAGUAUGUGUUCUUGCUCUCACGAUCGCAGGGUUAGCUGCGGGGAUUCCGACACCUGAACCUCCUAAUGGGAUCCGCCAGUGUGCACGCUCUGAAUGUCCUGUCUACACGGAACUAGAAACCUUUAGCUCUGAUAUUUUCAAGAGGAGAAUUGAACCUGGUAUAUGGGCACGACGUAUCGCUCCAACCUGCAACAAGACUGCUGCAGUGGGAUUAGUCUACCUUGAUCUUCAUAACUACUUUAUGGACAAUGGAAUCUCCAGGACCACACCAAUCAUGAUGGAAGUCUCUGAAAACAAGGCUAGAUCCGCUUUCUGUCCCGACCAAUCAGAACGAUUCCCUUGCUGUUCCGAAAUCUACACACUCCUCUUCUACAUUCCUGCAGCUUCACAAGCGACUGCCCCUGUUCCAUCAAAGGAAUCCGGUGUGUCACUUCUAAAUGCGACAGCUCCUCAGGAGUUCUAUGGCAUCACCUUUGACGGCAGACCAAUCAACGAGAAUGUAACUGAGAAAUACAACCAGCUUGCGGAUUACCUCGAAGAGCAGGAACUUCGUUUCGAAGAUGACGAUUACAUAGUUGCAACUUACGAUGCACCGUUCCGACCACCGCCUCAUCGCAAUGAAAUCCUGCUUCCCAUCAAGAAACACAGGAAGAGAGGCAACAACGACGGCGUCAACACUGGGAAUGAUGACCAAAACAACCAAGGUCAAGGUCAAGGACGGGGUCGUCGUCGGAGACGUGACGUGGGUGCAUUCGCCAACAUCGAUCUUAUUCCGUUUUGAGCAUGAGGAUGUAGCCAACCGACGUCAUGAAUUCUGGGCAAAGUAUAGCUUUGAUAAUCACGUGAUGACGGCUGAUACUGUUUGAUGAGGAUAUUUAGUUUGUUUCUUUGUUUUUAACUCGGUAGAUUUGGAUUGUUUGUCUGUGUGUUGAUAAAUGGUUGUAUUAUCAUACUACUACACAGUAAAAACGCUGUUUAAAAUUUUUAUAUACAACGCUGUUUACUAUAUGAACCUUACAGUAAUUGUUUA